GAGUGAGCAUUAGGGACACGAACCGGACAAACGAGCAGUCAACAGUGAAAUCUGACCGAGGAAAGUCACCGCAGUUUGGGGGGGAUUUGAGUUGGUUUGCGUGUGUUUGUGCGCAUUCACGCGUGUUUUUCUCCCUCAGAUUUGACGCACAGUUGCACAGCCAUGAAGCUGAAGCAGGAGGAGAAGUUGUUUUUGCGGUGGAGUCAUGUCUGUCUGCGGGUUUAUGGAUGAAGAAGUGGCCGACGUAGUGGAGACGUGGACGGCUGCAGACUCUGAGUUCCUCCCCGGCAGAGGAAGUGUCCGGACGAGGGUCCACGGAACUCUCUCCCCCACUCCAGCCCUCCCGGAGUGCACGGAUCCUGGAGCAUGAGCGCAGAUUAGUUGGAUGAUCACCGGCGGGGGUUUGCUUUAAACCUCACUGCACUGUCAUGGUUUUUUAUUCACACACUCAAUCCUAACAACAUGGAAAAGUUGUAAAAAAAACACGGGUAAAAACAUCAGCUGUGAGUGGAUCUUAUCAGAUUUCCCGGACACGCAGGGAGACACCAUGUGGAGCCCGGGGACGUGGAUGUGGCCAGCCGCUCUCUGCUGCCUGAUCGUGGGGACGUUGACGCACACGGCCGGAGGUUUUAACGUGUGUAUGAGUGGCAGUUCUACUUCCUGUGAGGACUGUCUCCUGAUUCACCCCAGUUGCGCCUGGUGCGCACAAGAGGAUUUCGGAAAGGGUCGCACUCUGACGUCACGGUGCGAUUUCAGUCACAACCUGCAGAGGAGGGGCUGCCAGGCUCGGUACAUCGAGAAGCCCACCAGCAGCCUCUCGGUGCUUCAGAACAUGCCCCUGAGUUCCAAAGGGUCCGGGUCAACCCAGUACGAUGUCGUCCAGAUCGCGCCUCAGCAAAUCUCCCUCAGUUUGCGGCCAGGAGACCAGACGUUUUUCGACCUGCAGGUACGGCAGGUUGAGGACUACCCGGUGGACCUCUACUACCUGAUGGACCUCUCUCUUUCCAUGAAAGACGACCUGGACACCAUCCGGAACCUGGGCACCAAGCUGGCGCACGAGAUGGGGAAGCUAACCAGCAACUUCAGGCUGGGCUUCGGCUCCUUCGUCGACAAGAACAUGUCCCCGUUCUCCUACACGGCGCCAAAGUAUCAAGAGAAUCCGUGCAAUGGAUACAAACUCUUCCCCAACUGCGUCCCCACGUUCGGUUUCCGUCACAUCCUGUCUCUGACGGACGAGGUGGACCGCUUCAACGAGGAGGUGCAGAAGCAGAUGGUGUCGCGCAACCGGGACGCACCGGAGGGCGGCUUUGACGCCAUCCUGCAGGCGGCCGUUUGUAAGGAGGAGAUCGGGUGGAGGAAGGAGGCGUAUCACCUGCUGGUGUUUGCCACAGACGACGUCCCUCACCUGGCUCUGGACGGCAGACUGGGAGGACUGGUGGAGCCACACGACGGACGCUGUCACCUCAGCAACAACAGCGAGUACAGCGCCUCCACCAGGAUGGAUUAUCCGUCUCUGGGUCUCCUCGGGGAGAAACUGGCAGAAAACAACAUCUUCCUCAUCUUCGCAGUCACAAAGCGUCUCUACGUUAUUUAUAAGAAUUUCACGGCACUCAUUCCUGGAACGACGGUUGAAAUCCUGGACCAGGACUCUAAGAACGUGAUCCAGCUCAUCAUCGCAGCGUACAACAACAUUCGCUCUAAAGUGGAGCUGACGGUGUGGGACCACCCCGAGGACAUCAGCUUGUCCUUCACCGCCACCUGUCAGGACGGGAAACCACUGCCGGGUCUGAAGAAGUGUGCCGACCUGAAGAUCGGCGACACCGUGUCGUUUAACGUGAGCGUGGAGGCGAGGAGCUGCCCGCCGCGCGGCGCCGACCACAGCUUCACCAUCAAACCCGUGGGCUUCAAAGAUCGCCUGGAGGUGACGGUGGAUUAUCAGUGCGACUGCGGCUGCAGUCAGACCGCGCAGAGCAACAGCAGCAUCUGCAGCUCCAUCGGAACGUAUAACUGCGGGACCUGCCUCUGUGAGCCGGGUUACCUGGGCGCCCACUGCGAGUGUCAGGAGGGCGAGGCCAGCAGCAUGUACUUCAGCGCCUGCCGUGAAGCCGAGGGCAAGCAGAUCUGCAGCGGCCGCGGCGAGUGCAGCUGCAACCAGUGCCUGUGCUACGAGUCGGAGUUCGGCAAGAUUUACGGCAGCUACUGCGAGUGCGACAACUUCUCGUGCGCCCGUCACAAAGGAGUCCUCUGCUCUGGUCACGGCGAGUGUCACUGCGGCGAGUGCAAGUGUCACGCUGGCUACGUCGGCGACAACUGCAACUGCUCCACAGAGACGUCCAGCUGCGCGUCGGACGACGGGCAGAUGUGCAGCGGGCGCGGCAGCUGCGUGUGCGGCCGCUGCCAGUGCAGCGAGCCGGGCGCCUUCGGGGACACGUGUGAGAAGUGUCCCACCUGUCCUGACGCCUGCGGCACCAAGAGGGAGUGCAUCGAGUGUCGGCUCUUCAACUCUGGACAACUAGCAGACAACCAGACCUGCCAGCGCCUGUGCAAGGAUGAAAUCAUCACUGUGGAGGCUUUAGAAACAGACGACUCCAGCGCCGUCAUGUGUUUGUAUAAAACAGAAAACGACUGCAUCAUGAAGUUCACGUACUCUGAACACGCCAGCGGACGCUCCAUCCUCACCGCGCUCAAAGAGCCAGAGUGCGGCAGCGGUCCGGACGCUCUGAUGGUUCUGCUGGCCGUGGUGGGCAGCAUCCUGCUGGUGGGCGUGGUCCUGCUCGCCGUGUGGAAGCUCGUCAUCACCAUCCACGACCGGCGGGAGUUCGCUCACUUCCAGAGCGCUCGCUCACGAGCCCGAUACGAGAUGGCGUCCAACCCUCUGUACAAACAGCCCGUCACUACACAUUUUGUGGAGACGGACUUCGACAUGUACGGGAAGUCAUACAACGGUGGCGUCCACUGAUCCGUCGGCUCGGGACUCGGCAGGACCGGUCCAACACACACGCACACACGCACACACAUACACAUACACACACACACACAUGAACACACACACACACACACACACUUCCCUGGAGGACUGAGCGACGGACGAUACACACUCCUCUCUCUCUCUGUAACAAUCACAGACGUGAACAUGAACUGAGUCUGAAGACAGAGGGAGGAGAGAGGGGAGGAGGCGGGGCUUUGUGGACGGGAGACGAUCACUGUGUUAUCUCUGACUUCCUGUGUGUGCUGCAGUGAAGCACGGACUCAUUUAGAGAGAGAGAGUGGAGUUGGUACAGACUUAUAUUUGUAUAUUUUUAUAAACUCUGCACAGACACAGAAAUCCUUUCACUCCUCUUCACACAUUAUUUCUGUGACUGUGGCUAUGACGGCGGCGACAGCAACGUGGUACGACUAACAUUUACUAAACAAUAGAUUCUCUGACCUUCAGUUUGCACAGAUUAGGAUGAUUCUGUGGUGUUUUUGUUUUGUAUGAGCUCUAAUUGCACUUCUGUGUCUGAAUCUGCAGGAUAAACGUUCACUCACUCACCAGCUUCUGAACCUUUGAA